AAAGGUGGAUACUAGAAUGGACCACACUUCCAAAACCAAAGGGCCUUUAUUGCCAAACUUUCUCUCAACUUUACCGUCUCAUCACCCAACCCAACCAGUCGUCGUCUCCAUUCCACGACUUCACCUCUACUCCUCCGUCGCCGGCAUCUCUACACUUCAAUUCACCGAUCUUCACUCCAACAAUGACCACCUGCAUCUCACUCCUAUUAAUUACACUUCUGAUCUCCGUUUCCGUCGCUGCAAGUAGCGACGACAGCUUCCGCGGUGCUGUUUUCGGCGUAAACUCCAAAUUCUCCGGCAAGGAACGCUCGCUUAGUCUUUUUAAAGCUCACGAUAACCUCCGGCACCUUCAGAUUCUAGCGUCAGGUGUCGAUCUACCUCUCGGUGGUACCGGUCGUCCAGAUGCCGUAGGUCUGUACUAUGCUAAAAUUGGAAUUGGAACACCGCCAAAGGAAUAUUAUGUACAAGUAGACACAGGAAGUGAUAUAAUGUGGAUCAACUGUAUACAAUGCCGAGAAUGCCCGAAAAGAGGCUAUCAUGGGUUGGAACUUACACUAUACGAUCCAGAAGAUUCAUUCACAUGGAAACCAGUUACAUGUGCUUCAGAGUUUUGUGCAGAGAUCAAUGGUGGUGCGGUUACUGGUUGUAAACCCAAUGCAUCUUGUCUAUAUACGGAGACUUAUGGCGAUGGGAGCUACAGUAUUGGUUACUUUGUAAUGGAUGUUGUCCAAUAUGAUAGCGUGUCAGGUGACUUGGAAACUAAAUUGGCAAAUGGAAGUGUUAUAUUUGGGUGUGGUGCAAGACAAUCUGGUAACCUAGGUACUUCUGAGGAAGCACUUGAUGGAAUUCUUGGUUUUGGAAAAUCAAAUUCAUCGAUAAUUUCACAGUUGGCUUCAUCUGGGAAGGUGAAAAAGAUGUUUGCACAUUGUUUAGAUGGUGACAAUGGUGGUGGUAUUUUUGCAAUUGGGCAUGUUGUUCAGCCAAAGGUUAAUUCAACACCUUUGAUCCCAGAUGAGCCUCAUUAUUCUGCCAAUGUUAUGAAAAUUGAAGUUGGUACCCAAUUUUUGAAUCUUUCAACGAGUACACACGGUCCAGGGGACAAAAGAAGAACAAUAAUAGAUAGUGGUACAACAUUGGCUUAUCUUCCAGAUGCAAUCUACAAGCCUAUGGUGAAUGAGAUAGUUGCAGGGCAACCUGAUUUGAGGCUACGCACUCUUCAUGACCAGUAUACAUGCUUUAAAUACUCUGGAAGUGUUGAUGAUGCAUUUCCUGCUGUUACAUUUUAUUUUGAAAAAUCACUUUCUUUGAAGGUUUAUCCUCAUGAUUAUUUGUUCGCCUUUGAAGAUUUCUUGUGUUUUGGCUGGCAAAACAAUGGUCUGGAUUCAUUAAGUACAACCGACACUAUUUUAUUGGGAGAUCUCGUACUAUCAAACAAGCUGGUUUUAUAUGAUCUAGAAAACCAAACUAUUGGAUGGACGGAGUAUAAUUGCUCUUCAACUAUCAAACUGAGGGACGAAAUAACUGGAUCAGUGCAUUUAGUAGGUCCUCAUUCUAUACCGUCUGGUGGCAGACGGAUGUCUAGUAGAUAUUUAAUAUCAUUUUUAUUAAUAACUGCUCUACUUCACCAUAUGAUAUCUUGAUUGAUUCCCGAGAUAUCUAAAGGUAAGCUAGGUAGCUGUGCUAAAUACACGAUGAUAUAUACGCUAGAGACAUAACACAGGUAUUGAAUCCAUUGUCUGGUAGCAUGUCAAAGAUCACAGAAUUGAAUUGAUCUCAAACAAAAAAAUGGGUGAUUUCUGUAAAUAAUUUCACAAUCUCCAGAUGGGUUUCUGUAAAGGCCGUAAAGGAGUUUUUCGUCUUUUUGUUCACUUUACAAAACCAUGGUUUUUUUUUUUUUUUUUUUUGUUUCUGCAGUGUCUUUUUCUUGAGCUAUUCCGCCAUUCAUAUACCGUUGUGUCUAUGUACAUCUAGCAUUGCUAGUGGAAAUCGAUGUAUUUUGUUCGGUAGUUA